AUGACACCCGCGUUCGGCUUCUCAGUGGGGGAUUUCAUCAGCGCCAUAGGUCUCGUGAAAAGAGUCACCAAGGCGUUGAAGGAGACAGGAGGAGCUCCCACGGAUUAUCAAUUAGUGGUCAUCGAGCUCAAGGGUCUGAAGAGCAUACUGCGACACCUCGAGACGUUGAAGCCCACCGAAGAUAAUGUCACCCACAUCAACGCCAUUCGAGGCAUGGCUGUUGCGUGUCAGCUGCCUCUGCGAGACUUCAUGCUCAAGCUUGAAAAAUACGAGUCUACACUGAGGCCAUAUGCGGACAAAAGAUCGCUUCGAGCGAUGCCAAAGCUCACGGAAAGUGAUAGGCAAACGCUCACACCCAUGGAUUCCCCGGACCAAGAGAAGCACAGCGACCUGAUGUCAAUGGCUGCCGAGCUUUGA